UUUUUCUCCCUCUCGAUUUUACAUUAACGAUCUCUAGAUUUUCUUGAAUUUUUUUUUAUCAGAGAUUUUCUUAAAUUGAUCUGCAGUUUUUGUUACAAUUUAUAACAAAGAUUAUAUUCAAGAUUCACGGCACAUAAUUUACAGCAUUAAUUUUGUUUUUCAUUAAUUAAUUUGGUGAAAUAUUAAUUUGCGUAAUCAUAAUCGUAAAUUUGAGUUGCUUGUUCUUGUUCUUGUUGUAUUGUUAUUAUUAUUAUUAAUGGCGUCGAGUUUCGAUCGGUGGGAGAGAGAUCCUUUCUUCUCUGCGGCGGAGGAAGUUCAAGAAUCAGCCGACAGGAUGGAAUCUACAUUUAGAACAUGGCUGCAUUCAAAGAGAGAGGAUUCUAGUAUGUGGAACUCUGAUGAACUCCGCCGUGACCUAUGUACUGCGCUUGGCACCACCAAAUGGCAGUUAGAUGAGUUUCAACGUGCUGUCGGCUCGACUUACGUUAAAAACUCCAGUGAGGAUGCAAGAGAUAGACAUCAUGAAUUUAUCAUUGCAAUUGAGGAUCAAAUUUCAAAAAUUGAACUCUCGUUGCAGGAAUGUUCGAUUUCAGAGGGGAAAUCGCCGAUGUCCCCUUGGGUGCGAUUAGAUGAAGGCGAGAGUAAUGAACUUGCGUUGUUUUUGUCCGGGUCAUCGGUAUUUGGAGUUAAUAGUAGUAAUACCAAAAAUCAUAGCCAAGAAGAAAGGAUGAGUAAAGAAACGACUGCUGACUUUUUGAAGACCUUGAAUCACGCUGUUGAGAAGCCUCACGGGCAUAGGAGGACAGCCAGUGCUAGUGCUGACAUUGGAUCCUGGAAGAUUGCAAUUGCUGAAGUUAGCUGUAUUCCAGAUGAUUCUAAUGCUCAGCCCCUGCAACCCCCAAGAAAGGUACCAAGUUUCUCAGGAUUUUUAAGUUCCAUGGAGUAUGCACCAAAAUUCAAGUGGCCAAAGAAUGGUGUUAGAAAAUUGAAGGCGAUGGAUAUUAGUCAAGAUUCUGACAUUGCACUCUUGCGCUCUCCGCAGUUGACCAAGGGUAUUCACGCAUGUUAUGAAAAGAGUAAGAGCUGCCUGGAGGGCUGUGAUGAAUGCUAUGACAAGCAACUUUAUGGCUGGUAUGGAGUGAUUCAGAGGCAGCUUCAGCGGUCUCAGUAUCAGAUGCAGUACGGUCGUUCUUUUCAAGUGGUUAUUUGGAUCGUACUUCUCCUUUGCUUAAUUGUAGUCGCAUUCCGGGCACUGUAAGAUCAUCAUCCAGUGGCAAUAUGAGAUGGCAAGGAAUGUUCCAUUAGCAGAAUUGCAGGUUAUAAGGAGACAUGCUCUGCUCUUGGAAUUCUCAUAUUUUUCAACCUUCAAAUUUUGAUUUCUCUGAUGAAGGGCAAUGUGUGUAUAAUUCUAAGAGCCGAUGGCAGAGAAAGUUGGCAAAGAACAGUUCUUGUAUCUCAUUGGAUCCUGCUAUAUACCUUUGUACAAAUACAAUUGUGUAGCGCUGUAGCUGCUUUCUUAAUUUUAUUUUCUCCCAUUUUAUA